AUGUGGUGCCUAUUCGAGGCACACACGGAGGCCAAUGUCGGGCGCGGGGCCACCGUGCGCUUCCGUGGCUACACCCAAGCAGUCAGCCAGCACUUCGUAAAGCGGAAUGCAGGCAAGAGCCUGAAGGUCGGCGCCCGGGCUCUCAAGAAGACCCAUUGGCAUUUCGUCAGCGCGGGCAGUGUCAUGCAGGCGAUGUACAGGAUGCUCCACCUUGGGACUCCACACAAGAUCACGCAGAAGCAGUUCGAUGAGGCGGCGCUCCAGACUGGGUGCAAGGGCCUGACUGCCUUUGCGGCCCUGCCGUACGUCGACCUGUCGUGCCUCUUCACCGUCUCCACCGGCCAUGCCCUGCUGUUCGGAGUGCUACGAGACCAGAACAGUCGUGUCGGCAGCUGCAUGUGGUGCCUAUUCGAGGCACACACGGAGGCCAAUGUCGGGCGCGGGGCCACCGUGCGCUUCCGUGGCUACACCCAAGCAGUCAGCCAGCACUUCGUAAAGCGGAAUGCAGGCAAGAGCCUGAAGGUCGGCGCCCGGGCUCUCAAGAAGACCCAUUGGCAUUUCAUCAGCGCGGGCAGUGUCAUGCAGGCGAUGUACAGGAUGCUCCACCUUGGGACUCCACACAAGAUCACGCAGAAGCAGUUCGAUGAGGCGGCGCUCCAGACUGGGUGCAAGGGCCUGACUGCCUUUGCGGCCCUGCCGUACACGCUGAGGUUGCUCAAAGACAUCAAGCCAGCAGACCCAGAUGCCAAGCUGGUCAUGUCUCGUGAAGCACGCCAGCGGGUCGCGGCCCGCGGCCAGUUCCUGGUCGUGACUUCGGACUUCGGGCGGCGGUACAAAUGCAUCAUGCAGUACCGCAAGAGCUACCGCAUGGAGGACUGGCUGCACUUCGUUGAGACGUUCUCCAGCUACAUCUUCAAGGGGGACGUGCUGCCCGAGGCCUUGCGGGCCCUGUGUUGGAGCCUGUGCAGCACGGUCACACACUACUUCUGGCCGCGGCCCCCCGACGAGACCCGUGAGCAGUUCCUGGUGGCAGCCAAGGCGGCUGCAUGCAAGCUCAGAGCUUACACGACCAGGCUGGAGGAGUUGGAGGUGCCGGGCUACAUGUUCACGGUCAACCUGCAUAUCUGCGUAUGCCGGCUGUACGACCAGGAGUGCCAGCUUGGGUCCGCGGCAGGGUUCUCCGACCUGCCGGUGGAACGCAUGAUGCAGCAAAUGAAGACGCAAGGCGGAAGGAUGGUGUCACAGGCACCCGAGAAGCACUACGCGCAGUGGCUGUGCCUGAUGCAGGCCUCCGAGUCGCUCACCGAGGCAGACCCCGCGACCAGGGCCAAACACACGACCAACCAGCAGCUUGAGAGGAUGUUGGCACGGCGCACAGUGAACACCGAGGCUGCCUGGUUUGAUAAACCAGGAGCCAACGGUUACCUGCUUGGACGAGGCCACAUGGUCUACCCAAGUCCAGAACGAGUGGCACAAGUCCAGGCAGCCAUGGCGAGCCUAGUGCACUGGUAUGCCCUGGCAUUCGAGGAUGUGGCUUCCUGGACAUUGGGUCCCAAAGAUGGCGCUCAGGAUGUCCGCUUCACUGUCGCAGAUGUGUACUCGGGACAGGUGUUCAGCGGGGGGCUGGUGGUGGUCAACAUGGCGGCCGCCCAGACAGUGAGGGCAGGCAGCCAGUGGGAGAUGUGGCAGGACCUAGGGCUGCCGCUAAGCCACCUGAUUUGCCGCCUUAAGGCAAGCUUGUGUAUGGCCCUCUACAAGACGGGGGGCCCGGGAUACACAGAACAGAUUGAACAGCGAAAAGAAACGAAGGUCCACGCGAACCUCGCGUAUUCUAGUAUGGGCGCCGUACUUGGGCGGGAAAACACCUUGGGGUAG